AUGUCCAUCACGUCGAGAUUCAUGGGAGGGGUCAGGCACCUCCUGAAAGGUGGUAGCAUGAAGUACUUGGCAGCCGGUGAGCCGUACUGUCCGUUCGGGGAGGAAUUUGGGCUAACAAUACUGCCGGAGUACAUUCUCGAAGACGAUGCCACAAACCUGCGCAAAGGGUACGUCGACGUUUACACGCGUGCCUCUGAUCGCAUCAUCCUCAACGAUGGUCGUUUUCAGCUGCCCCCGCUUCCUCCUGGCUCCUUCACCCCGCUGCUCGAGCGUCUCGAGCAGGACAACGUGGUGCCGAAGAACUGGCUUAAUAACCAGACCGCCAACCUAUACGAACCAGGCGACUUCAUUCGCGCCCACAUUGACAACCUCUUCGUGUACGAUGAUAUCUUCGCUGUUUGCUCCCUCGGCAGCAACUGCCUUUUGCGCUUUGUACACGUGCAGAACGGGGAGGAGCUAGAUGUGAUGGUGCCGGACCGAUCCGUGUACAUCAUGUCAGGGCCUGCACGGUACGUGUACUUUCACAUGGUGCUUCCUGUCGAAGCGCAGCGCUUUUCACUCGUUUUUCGACGCUCUAUCAUGGAAUCGGAUGGUGGCUUUAGGCCAGUGACUACCCCUCUCAAAGAGGUAAUGCCAUAUCGAGCUACCCAAAUCCUCAACGCACUGUACAGCAAGCAGGUCGGCGGCGUGCGAGUGACCGUAGACGACGACUUCUUAGAGAGCGCCGACAUUGGCGCCUUUGACACAUCGCGGUGGGUGAAGCGCCUGCAUCCACUGCGGGACUGGUCGUUACUGCGCCAGUUGGAUGAGGACGAGGCGCGCGUGGAGGAGAUGCGUGAGAAGCGCUUCAUUGACGUUGACUUUAGCUGGCGCUACAGGGAGCUUCGAUCCUACUACAAGGCGAUGGAGGAGUCGUUGGUGUCCCCGCAUGCGGCUCACGUGGCGACGCAGGCGUAG